AUGAUUCCAACCGCGGCCCCUGCAAUCGGUCGCUGUGCGCUGAACACCCCUGAGGGAGCCACCGCCGCCGCCACUCCCCCGCUUCCCCUCCGGCCCCGAGGGCCGCCGCCGGCCCGGGACGGGACGGGACGGGACGGGAGGAGAGCAAGGCCCGGCCGGGAGCAGCGCUGCCCCUCCGCUGCCCGGCUGCCACCGAGUCGCCUUGCUGAAAGUAGCUUCAGCGAAGAGGAGGAAGAAAAACUUCAAAUAGCUUUUUCGUUGGAAAAGCAGGAUCUUCAUCUAGUUCUUGAAACUAUAUCAUUCAUUCUGGAACAGGCAGUCUAUCAUAAUUUGAAGCCUGCUUCAUUGCAACAGCAGCUGCAAAGCAUUCACCUGGAUCAAGACAAAGCUGAAGCAUUUGCCAGUGCAUGGGCGGCUGCAGGUCAAGAUACAAUUGAGAAGUUCAGGCAGAGGGUUUUGACCCCUCAGAAGCUUGAAACAAUUGGAUGGCAGCUGAAUCUUCAAAUGGCAGAGUCCAUGCAAGCGAAACUGAAGUCUCCUCGGGCUGUGCUAGAGCUGGGAGUGAGCAAUGAAGAUUCAAAGAACAUGAAGAAAGUGUUUGUAGAAUUUAGUCAUCAGGAGCUGUUUGAGUUCUAUAACAAGCUGGAAACUAUACAAGCACAGCUGGAUUCCCUUACGUGAUGUUUUUGAAGACUUAUUUCUCCAUCACACUCCUGCCACCUCAUUAUUUUAAAUUGAAGAUAGAUUGCCAAUCUGUGUUUGCUGAAGGAUUCGGUGGGUUGCUUCCUGUAAAAUUAUAUGGCUUAUCUCCUUUUUAGACCAGUAACAUUAGCCAAGAGUCUUUCUUAGGAGUCUGAAGAUACUAAUGGACUUUCUCAUAUUUUCUGAGCAAUUUUGAAGAAUGGCUUUCCUUGCAGAAAAAAAAAAAAGAAAAGAAAAAAAAAAGAUAAAAGAAUGCUACCCUGCUUUAGAAAUAUAUAAUUUUUUUCUGUCCUGUUAUGUGUGUUACUUGAUUCUGGUAGAAAUUUGCAUACUAGUGAGGGACCAGCAAUAAAAUCUAUUUUUUAGACAUGAAAAGAAUAUAAAAGUAGUAAGAAAAUACACAGCUAAAAAAAAGUCUCUGUCCUUUUGAAUUGUUAUUCAUAUAAUUGAUAAUGCUUAUUGAAAAUCUGUCAAAAUAAAUUCAGAAUUUAAAAAUAGAUUGGUUUCAUUUGGACUUCAUUUCAUUAUCAUAGUUCUUUUUUAGUUUGUUAGGGGUUUUUUUCCUCUAAAUAAUCAACAGUGUCACUGAUUUCAGUGUUUACUUUUGGCACUGAGAAUAAAUACAGCUUCUUAGCACUGCAUGCAUACCAAUGAAUCUAAGUAGCAUGGUGUAUAACUGAGGGGAGAAAUCUCAGAGUAUAUAACAAAGAACACUGAAAUAGCCUGACAAUCAGAUUUCUGAAAGCUAUUUGUUGAUCCUUCCUAAUGCUGUCCACCACCGCUUUUACAUUGAACGGGAAGAAAUAAAGUACAGUGACUUAAAGGCCAAGUUAGUCAUAUUUUCACACAUUAGUUCCAGACGAAUGGAGGUUCCUGAGCAGUAUGAGAAGGUAAAAGUCAUCUUAGUUCUUGUUUGUUGCCAUUCAUUGACAGGCAACUUCAUUGCUGCACCUCGAUAAUGGGCACACUAUACAAUCCUCUACUGCAGGUCAAUAGAAGGUGAGGGGAAAUAAAAAUCUUUGGCAUUCGCUUGUCUUUCCUCCUCCUGUAAGGGAUUCUCUGAAUUUUUUCUUGCAGAUGCCUAAAACAGGGAUGGUUAAUACCCAACCAGCCUGGGUAUUCUUUUGAGCUUUGUUUGUUUGUGACACUAGAUAUAAGUAUAGCCAAAAGGUAUGUUUUGAAUAGCUGGUGUUUAGGUCUUCUUGUGCCAGAUUUCUUGCUUUGCUGCUUUUGGAGUAUUCUUUGGGGCUUUUUGUAUUGCUUUAUUAGGGAUUGUGCUGUCGCCUCUGGAACACUUGGAGGGGUUUGCACCAGUUGUCUAAGCUGUGAGAGAAUAGAUUUAGAAGAUAAAGUCAUUAACAGCCUACAUGUGAGUAAAGGGCACUGAAGAGUAAAAACACAUUUAUCACAGUUCUUCACUGAAAUGCCAGGCGAUACUGUACCCCUCUGGUAAGGGAACACUAUUACCCAGUUGAAAAGAAGAAGUAAGCCACUUGUAUGGCAGAAUCUGACCCUCUAUACCUUGUGAGGCUGGCUGCCGAGAUCAAGUCCCCUCUCAAGCCACUGGCGAACGUGCCUCGUCUUUUGGGGAUAUAACACUCCCACCCACAGAUGUCACAUCCUUUGGCCAUUCAGCAACAGCUUGCUGGCUCGCUCAUCACAGGCUGCAUGGGUUGGUGUGUGUCUGCAGGUGAGCACAUCCCUUGCCAUUCCCUCUGCCUGCCAGCGUUAGCAGUGCCUUGUAGUUAGCACAGCUUGGAAAAUCCCCUUCUUCUUGGCACUUAGGCCUUGGCUUCUCUGUUGGUCCUGUGGGACAGUACGUUGUGUGCUAUGACACUGCUCUUCACUAUUCCCUGAGUUUCCAGAGCUUAAGUUCUGGACUCAGGUCUGAAGAGAGUUGAAAUCUCUCUGUGUGGAUGCAGGACGUACCAAGGCAGUUGUCCAAGUGUGAGAGAGGGGUUGAGUUAUCUUUGUCAAUAUAGGGCAGUGAUUGAUGAAUCCUGGAGGAGGGAGGGAAGGCAGGACCGGUUUGGAGCGCAAGAAGCAUUGGACAAAUUAGCAGGCACAUCUGAAAAAGAAGUCAGAGUAGGAAAAAUCUGGCAUGGGAAAAAGGAAGGAGAGGAGAGAAUAACAUAUAUUCCUAAGGGGGGAAUUUGGGAAUUGGGAAACUAUAGAGAGGAUGGACAAUGGAAAAGAUGGCAAAAGUAUAUAUACAGAGAAAAUAUUAGGCAAAAGGGGAGAAAAACCUUACCUAUUAGGGGAAUGGAGAGGAAAUUGGGGAAACAAAGUAAAUCAGAGUUAACUGUAAAAACUAGAUCCAGCUGUGUAGCUGUAUUUAGUAUUUUGAACAUAAGUGUUAACCUUGGUGCAAGUUUGGCCAAAAUCAAAGAAAAGUGUGGGGUACCAAAAAAGAGCAUUUUAAAUCUAGCUUUAAUAGGAAAUAUUUUUAAAGUGAUAAAAUUAUGUUAAAAGGAAAAAUAGGAAAAACAGAGCCUAAGAUUGCAAGGUAAAAUUUGUUUAGUGUUUAUCCUUGUUUGCAGUUGGAUGAACAGAUUUAUUACUUCUUUAGCAGUGGUUGCCCUUUCUUUUUUACUGAGCAUACUGAAAGUCUUACUGUCAGAAGCCAUAAUAAAAGUCAUAGUAUACCUCAUGGUAAGAACGAUAGUUGUUACAAGGAGUGCUCAGAAAUAAACACUUAGUUUAGAAAGACUUUUCUGUAUGUAUCAGGAAGCUUUGGGGUUGUAGUGAUGGCAUAACCAGUACCGUCUUAGAGAAGAACAUUUAAGUGCUCCUGAAUAAGGAGAGAAAAUGGACUUAACUAUGAAAUAGCAGAACUAUUUAGGGUUUUUUUGUUAAGUUAUGCAGGAAAGAAGACUUUUAUUCUGGUUGCUGCUCUCUGGGCCUGAGCAGACCUGGAGAGGUGAAGGUUAGUCUUUCUGUGAGAGCAACUGCCCCUGCUAAGUUGGGAUAAAGUCCUGGUGUCCCAGCAGUGUCAGGAAACGAGAAAAAAAUAGGCACCAGCACAGACUGGGGGGUGGCUGGGGAGGAUGGGAGAUCUGCCGGCAGCAGGGACUAGACCCAACAUACCUCAGAGGCGGCAGAAAGGAAAAACACUGCCUGGGAGGAAGGAGGCACGCAGCCUAUUUGGAACUGAACUCAGCAGGCUGGUGUGGGAGCACUGGCAGGGAUGUGCAUGCUGAAGGUCUUCAAGCUUUGGUUUCAUGUGCUGGUAGAACACAGUUUUGAGGAGUAAGUCAUGUGGGAAUCUUGAGGUUUUAAUGCAGGAAAGGCAAGGGAUAUGGCCCAGGCCCUCUUCAUUUCAGGGUCCUAGCAAAGCAUUGGUCUGUAAUGUCUCUUGGACAUGAUCCAGAGUUGAAAUUACCAAGGCUUCUGAUAAUGUUGAAGGAAGAUAUUUGCAGAGAUUUAUUGAGCUGUAAAACUGGAAAUUUGAAUGAGUAAGAAUUACUAAACCUACUUUCAGAUCUUUCAGUGCAUUUUAAAAACAUUUGAUUCAUCCUUGCUCAGACAUUACAGUAUUUUCUGUGGCUGUACUUCUCUCAAAGCUACAUCAAAAUCUGUCUCAAAUGGACUAUUGGCAAAAAAAGGAAAUCUUUUGAUUUGGGUGUAAACAAGCAUCAGUGCUGUUUUGACAUGAAUAUUUGGAGCUCUGGGCCCAAAAUGGACUCUGGGUUCUGGGCUCCGAAUUUGGACCUCUGGGCUCUGGACCAGUGUGAGAACUACCUUGAAAAGACCAUCUCACUGGUGAAGAGAAACCAUUUGUACAUCACGUAGCAAAAACAACACUAAUAGCACAUUUAUGCUUGUUGAGUACAAAUGCGUUAGAUUAUCUUUGCCCAGCUCAGCCUUAGGCAUAUAAUUCUUGUUUCUCAACAAAAUAUCAAAUGUCUCUAAGUUUUUUGCAUUCUAUUUUUGUUGAAAUAAAAUAUGUAGGUACAUAUACAAAUAUAACUUCGCUAUCUCAGAUUUUGACUAAUUGCCAAUCCUGCUUUGGCUCUCCAGGGGAGGCUUUCAUAUUCCCCUUUAAUUCCAGGGUUUAUUGACACAUAAAUUUUGAGUUAUGUCUUGCAGCUUCAUUUCAUACAGUCUUGAUUUUAAAGGCUUUGAAGUCUUGUUCUUUCAAAGCAUAAAGAAUUUACUGAAAUGCUGUCUUACGUUGGUCAAAGGAAGAAAAGUGUUUCUUGUGAUGAAAUGGUAUAAGCUCCCCCUCGCACUUGUUCUGUCUCAUAUCGUCUGAUUUCCAACAGCAUCAGAAACAUUUCAUUGUUUGGCUGUAUUGGCAUAUCAUGUCUUCAAAGAUUAUUAAUUCACUCACAUAACAGUAAAGAAAUGACAGAGCUUAAUAAUGCCCAUUGUCCAGUGAAUAAGUAUCAUAUCAUUUUGUGAUGUUUUAUAGCUUAUUUUACUAAUGAAAAUGAACAACAUUUUGAGCCAGUGUGAGAAAGUUCCUUUUCUGUGGAUCAGACAAACUGAAUAACAGUGAUUUCAUCUCUAGGUGGAUGAACUACAGUGCUGCUGUCUGAAACACUGUUGAUGGUGUCUCGUAAAGAUAAAUUAAUAAGAUGCUUUUAUCUGCAACUCUUGCAUAAAGUGAUUUCUAAUUUCUGUAGUAAUGAAUCAAUUUUAUUGGAUUUUCCCUUGGCCUUUGUAAUUGUGUAAUCAGAUGAAAUUAUAUGCUGUAAUUUUAACUGAAAUAAAGUGUUUAGAUGA